AUGGCAGACGCAAACGAGAACAAUGCUGCUGCCGGCGGCUCAGAAGAACAAGAGCACGAUCCUCAUUUCGAGCCAGUGAUCAAGCUCACUGAUGAAGUCAAGACUUCCACUGGCGAAGAGGAUGAGGACGUUCUCUUCAAGAUGCGAGCUAAGCUGUUCCGAUUCGACAAUGGCGAAUGGAAAGAACGCGGAACAGGGGACAUGCGACUCUUGCAGCACAAGCAGAUCAAGAAGGUGCGCGUAGUCAUGAGAAGAGACAAGACCCUCAAAGUUUGCGCGAAUCACUACGUGACAUCCGACAUGACCCUCACGCCGAAUGUUGGAUCUGAUCGCAGCUGGGUCUGGACCGCGACUGAGGCAGAUGAAGAGACGGGCGAGGCCAAGCACGAAUUACUGGCAGUCAGGUUCGGUACGAGCGAGAACGCAAAUCUGUUCAAGACGGCCUUCCAAAAAGCGCAAAAGAUCAAUGCCGGUGAAGAGACGGAAGCCGCUGCCACGACAGACGAUGUCGCCCGAACGGCAGAAGUACCUCAAACGGACGCUACUGCUUCUGCUAUUGCGGCCGAGAUCAUCGAUUCGAAGAAGACAGCAGAAGAGGUAGAACCUACAACGGACAAGACUGCAGAUGCAACCGAGGGACAAUUGGCGGAGACGCAGGAGAUCAAAGAUGAUGCCAAAGCGGCUGGUAAAUCUGAUGAGGCAGUAGCAGAGGCAGUCGAAGCGGGUCAUUCGUAA